AUGCCUCACGGGCAGCACGUCCGCGACAUGCUGUCCGUCGACGUCAGACGGUCGGCAGACGCGCGAAAUGCUGCCCGUCAUUUUCUGACGGGGCAUUCCCUGCUCCCCCAUUCCCUGCUCCCCCAUUCCCUGCUCCCCCAUUCCCUGUUCCCCCAUUCCCCGUUCCCCCAUUCCCUGUUCCCCCAUCCCCCGCUCCCCCAUUCCCUGUCCCCCCAUUCCCUGCUCCUCCAUUCCCUGUCCCCCAUUCCCUGUUCCCCCAUCCCUGCUCCCCCAUUCCCUGUCCCCCCAUUUCCUGCUCCCCCAUUCCCUGUCCCCCGUUCCCUGUUCCCCCACUUCCUGUUCCCCCAUUCCCCGCUCCCCAUUCCCUGUUCCCCCAUACCCCGCUCUCCCAUUCACUUUUCCCCCAUUCCACGCUCCCCCAUUCCGCAUCCCCCCAUUCCCCGUUCCCUCAUUCCCUGCUCCCCCAUUCCCUGCUCCCCCAUUCCCUUCUCCCCCAUUCCCUGUCCCCCCAUUCCCCAAGACAGAAUUCUCCGCUCCCCCAUUCCCUGCUCCCCCAUUCCCUGUUCCCCCAACCCGCGCUCCCCCAUUCCCUAUUCCCCCAUUUUCCGCUCCCCCAUUCCCUGUUCCCCCAUUCCCCGCUCCCCCGUUUCCUGUCCCCCGAUUCCCUUACCUCCAAUCCCUGUCCCCCCAUUCCCUGUUUCCCCAUUCCCUGUUCCCCCAUUCCCCGCUCCCCCAUUCCCUGUUCCCACAUUCUCCGCUCCCCUGUUCCCUGUCCCCCAAUUCCCUGUCCCCCCAUUCCCCGUUCCCUCAUUCCCUGCUCCCCCAUUCCCUGCUCCCCCAUUCCCUGUUCCCCCAUUCCCUGUCCCCCCAUUCCCUAAGACAGAAUUAUCCGCUCCCCCAUUCCCUGUUCCCCCAUUCCCUGUCCCCCCAUUCCCUGCUCCUCCAUUCCCUGUCCCAAAGUUCCCUGCCCCCCCCUUCUCUGCUCCCCCGAUUCCCUGUCCCCCCAUUCCCCGUUCCCCCAUUCCCCGUCCCCCCAUUCCCUAUCCCCCGUUCCCUGAUCCCCCACUUCCUGUUCCCCCCGUCCCCGCUCCCCAUUCCCUGUUCCCCCAUACCCCGCUCCCCCAUUCACUUUUCCCCCAUUCCCCCCUCCCCCAUUCCCCAUCCCCCCAUUCCCCGUUCCCUCAUUCCCUGCUCCCCCAUUACCUUCUCCCCCAUUCCCUGUCCCCCCAUUCCCUUAGACAGAAUUAUCCGCUCCCCCAUUCCCUGUUCCCCCAUUCCCCGCUCCCCCAUUCCCCGCUCCCCCAGUCCCUGUUCCCCCAUUCCCCGCUCCCCCAUUCCCUGUUCCCCCAUUGCCCGCUCCCCCGUUUCCCGUCCCCGAUUUCCUUACCCCCAAUCCCUGUCCCCUCAUUCCCUGUUCCCCCAUUCCCUGUUCCCCCAUUCCCUGUUCCCCCAUUCCCUGUUCCCCCAUUCCCUGUUCCCCCAUUCCCCGCUCCCCCAUUCCCCGCUCCCCCAGUCCCUGUUCCCCCAUUCCCCGCUCCCCCAUUCCCUGUUCCCCCAUUGCCCGCUCCCCCAUUCCCCGCUCCCCCAGUCCCUGUUCCCCCAUUCCCCGCUCCCCCAUUCCCUGUUCCCCCAUUGCCCGCUCCCCCGUUUCCCGUCCCCGAUUUCCUUACCCCCAAUCCCUGUCCCCUCAUUCCCUGUUCCCCCAUUCCCUGUUCCCCAUUCCCUGUUCUCCCAUUCCCUGUUCCCCCAUUCCCCGCUCCCCAUUUCCUGUCCCCCGAUUUCCUUACCCCCAAUCCCUGUCCCCCCAUUCCCUGUCCCCCAUUCCCUGUUCCCCCGUUCCCUGUCCCUCGAUUCCCUGUCCCCUAUUCCCCGUCUCCCCAUUCCCCGUUCCCUCAUUCCCUGCUCCCCCAUUCCCUGCUCCCCCAUUCCCUUCUCCCCCAUUCCCUCCUUCCCCAUUCCCUUCUCCCCCAUUCCCUGUCCCCCCAUUCCCUUCUCCCCCAUUCCCUACUCCCCCAUUCCCUUCUUCCCCAUUCCCUUCUCCCCCGUUCCCUUCUCCCCCCCCCUCCCCAUUCCCUUCUCCCCAUUCCCUUCUCCCCCAUUCCCGGCUCCCCCAUUCCCUUCUCCCCAUUCCCUUCUCCCCCAUUCCCUUCUCCCCAUUCCCUUCUCCCCCAUUCCCUUCUCCCCCAUUCCCUUCUCCCCCAUUCCCUUCUCCCCCAUUCCCUUCUCCCCCAUUCCCUUCUCCCCCAUUCCCUUCUCCCCCAUUCCCUUCUCCCCCAUUCCCUUCUCCCCCAUUCCCUUCUCCCCCAUUCCCUUCUCCCCCAUUCCCUUCUCCCCCAUUCCCUUCUCCCCCAUUCCCGGCUCCCCCAUUCCCGGCUCCCCCAUUCCCUUCUCCCCUAUUCCCUUCUCCCCCCAUUCCCUUCUCCCCCAUUCCCUUCUCCCCCAUUCCCUUCUCCCCCAUUCCCUUCUCCCCCAUUCCCUUCUCCCCAUUCCCUUCUCCCCCAUUCCCUUCUCCCCAUUCCCUGUCCCCCCAUUCCCUUCUCCCGCAUUCCCUUCUCCCCCAUUCCCUUCUCCCCCAUUCCCUUCUCCCCCAUUCCCCCCCCCCAUUCCAUUCUCCCGCAUUCCCUUCUCCCCCAUUCCCUUCUCCCCCAUUCCCUCCUCCCCCAUUCCCUCUCCCCCAUUCCCUUCUCCCCCAUUCCCUUCUCCCCCAUUCCCUUCUCCCCCAUUCCCUUCUCCCCCAUUCCCUUCUCCCCCAUUCCCUUCUCCCCCAUUCACUUCUCCCCCAUUCCCUGCUCCCCCAUUCCCCUCCCCCAUUCCCUUCGUCCCCAUUCCCUCUCCCCCAUUCCCUGUCCCCCAUUCCCUGUCCCCCCAUUCCCUUCUCCCCCAUUCCCUACUCCCCCAUUCCCUUCUCCCCCAUUCCCUUCUCCCCCAUUCCCUUCUCCCCCAUUCCCUUCUCCCCCAUUCCCUUCUCCCCCAUUCCCUUCUCCCCCAUUCCCUUCUCCCCCAUUCCCUUCUCCCCCAUUCCCUUCUCCCCCAUUCCCUUCUCCCCCAUUCCCUGUCCCCCCAUUCCCUUCUCCCGCAUUCCCUUCUCCCUCAUUCCCUUCUCCCCCAUUCCCUUCUCCCCCAUUCCCUUCUCCCCCAUCCCUUCUCCCCCAUUCCCUUCUCCCCCAUUCCCUUCUCCCCCAUUCACUUCUCCCCCAUUCCCUGCUCCCCCAUUCCCUUCUCCCCCAUUCCCUUCGUCCCCAUUCCCUUCUCCUCCAUUCCCUGUCCCCCCAUUCCCUCUCCCCCAUUCCCUACUCCCCCAUUCCCUUCUCCCCCAUUCCCUUCUCCCCCAUUCCCUUCUCCCCCAUUCCCUUCUCCCCCAUUCCCUUCUCCCCCAUUCCCUUCUCCCCCAUUCCCUUGUCCCCCAUUCCCUUCUCCCCCAUUCCCUUCUCCCCCAUUCCCUUCUCCCCAUUCCCUUCUCCCCCAUUCCCGGCUCCCCCAUUCCCGGCUCCCCCAUUCCCUUCUCCCCUAUUCCCUUCUCCCCCAUUCCCUUCUCCCCCAUUCCCUUCUCCCCCAUUCCCUUCUCCCCCAUUCCCUUCUCCCCCAUUCCCUUCUCCCCCAUUCCCUUCUCCCCCAUUCCCUUCUCCCCCAUUCCCUGUCCCCCCAUUCCCUUCUCCCGCAUUCCCUUCUCCCCCAUUCCCUUCUCCCCCAUUCCCUCCUCCCCCAUUCCCUUCUCCCCCAUUCCCUUCUCCCCCAUUCCCUUCUCCCCCAUUCCCUUCUCCCCCAUUCCCUUCUCCCCCAUUCCCUUCUCCCCUAUUCCCUUCUCCCCCAUUCCCUUCUCCCCCAUUCCCGGCUCCCCCAUUACAGAAUGUCACCUUUUAUCCAGUGUGUAGGCAUGCGCAUUAA